CUUGCCUGCUGGCGGUCGACAACCAACGGCCUCAUCUUACCGUCUCUUUGCCUCGUGACGAGCGGGGAGAAAAAAAAUCAGCAGAGAAUCAGAUGAGGCUCUGUCUCCGGCAAGCGGCGGCCGCGGCCACAAGCUCCCCCCUCGCAGCCACCAUCCGCAAGAAUUCUCCAAGCUCCCUCACCCAUGGCCGCCUCAGCUUCAGCCACACGUCGCUGCAGACGACGCCGAACCACCGCGGAAACCGAGCAGGGUGGGCGGUGCGCGUGCUUCCGCUGACGGAGGAGAACGUGGAGAUGGUGCUGGACGAGGUGCGGCCGAGCCUGAUGGCGGACGGCGGCAACGUGGCGCUGCACGAGAUCGACGGCCUCGUCGUCGUGCUCAAGCUGCAGGGGGCCUGCGGCUCCUGCCCCAGCUCCACCAUGACGCUCAAGAUGGGCAUCGAGACGCGCCUCCGUGACAAGAUCCCCGACAUCCUCGAGGUCGAGCAGAUCGUCGACACCGAGACCGGCCUCGAGCUCAACACCGACAACGUGGAGAAGGUACUUGAUGAGAUCAGACCAUACCUCUCCGGUACCGGAGGUGGAAGCAUCGAGCUCCUCCAGAUCGAUGGAUAUGUCGUCAAGAUUAGAAUCGGUGGACCUGCAGCUGGUGUAAUGACAGUACGAGUAGCUGUGACACAAAAACUGAGGGAAAAGAUACCUUCCAUCUUGGCUGUUCAGCUCACAGAGUAGAGAACACACGAGCACACUUGUGCAUCAAUCAACAGAACGAAACGCAGCUUUCUGGACUCUGGUGAAUGUUUGAUGUUCAAUCUUAUAUUUUUGAGUAAUUAGUCAUUACACUGAAAUACAGAACCGAUUAAUA